UUUAGUCCGUGCUUUUCCUAUGCAGCCCAACCUCCUCUCCGGUCCAUCCUCUCAAUCGGUCUUCCCCUCCGCCGCCGCUCCGGCUGCUCGCUGCUUCCCUUUUCCGCUCUGCUGCCGUCGCUGCUGCUGCUGCUCGCUGCACCCCUCCCCCGCUCCGCCGCUGCUGUUGCUGCUUCCCUGCUCCGCUCCCCAACGAGCCGUGCUCAAGUUCUUUUGCUGCGAGCCCCGAGCCCCGAGCCGAGCCGAGCCGAGCCCGGGCCUUCGUUUAUUUGAACGAGCCGAGCUCGAGCUCGAGCUCGGCCUCGGCUGUUUAGGCUAGACCGAGCUCACGAGUUGAUAAACGAGCCGAGCUUGAGCCCGCUAUAUUGGGGCUCGGCUUGGCUCCUCUACCCCGCUCGUUCAACCCCUCCAUCUCAUAAGCAGAAGCCUUUGGGGUUUCGUCUCAUUCCAAAACCCACGUCGGGGCUGCGGAUUGCGACGACGUCUGGUUGAGGAUUAUGGCCGCCAGGUGCCGCCGUCUCCGUGUGAUUUCAAGGUUCCUGCCUCGGGUUCUCUCAGGGGAUGGUUAUGUCUUCGCCUCCUCUAUAGUUCUUUCACCUCGUACAGUGAAUUUAACCGACAGAGAAAUUGGUGGGAGCCAAUGUCUCAUCCACAGGUACUCUACAGCAUCACAGGUUAUUAAUCACUCAGUGCACGAAGUUGAUUUGGCUUCAUUCAUGAAAUCCACUUUAGAAGACCUUGAGGGCCCAAACUACUGUUGGUUAAAUAAAGUUGAAGGACAUGAAAAUUUUGUAAAGAAAGAUAAGCCAUCCUUAAUCCUAGUUGGAUUAUUGUUUGAGAAUGCUUCACCUGCAGGCUAUAACAGUGUCAUAAUUCAAAAGUUAAAAUCGAUUCAACAAAGGUUUCCACACCUUUAUGUUAUGGGUCUUAAACUUGGCAAUGUUGCUGUACAUCAAAAUGAUCUAGUUCAAUCGAUACUAGAGGAGUAUAUUACCUUUCCCAUCUUAGUGGUUCACAAGAACUUCUCUGAGAUACCAAAAGGGUCAAGCUACAUUUUACUAGAAGACUCUACACACCCUGUAUUUUAUCUUGAGGAGAAUCUUGAUCUUGAAAUUAUUGAUAAAGCUACUAAGAAACUAAAUAAUCAAUGUGAUAAGGAAUCUAAGCUGUUCGAUAGUUCGACGUGGAUUCUGAAGCAGAAUAAUGUGAAGGAACCAUACCUAUGUUCUGCGAUGCAAAACAUUCUUCUCUUCUCUCCAGGUUGCAUCUCAGCUGAUGAGAGUGGUGAUCGGUUAUUCGUUUCUGACAGCAAUCAUCAUCGGAUAAUUGUGGCUGAUAGAACUGGCAAGAUUCUAGAUUGUAUAGGCUCUUCCCCAGGUUUUGAAGAUGGAGAUUUUGAGUCUGCCAAAUUGUUUCGUCCUGGUUCUACCCUCUAUGAUGAUGCUGAGGAUUGCCUGUAUAUUGUGGAUUCAGAGAACCAUGCCAUUCGGAGGGCUGAUAUGAGCAGGCGGAUUAUUGAGACAGUCUACCCUGAGGGCCCCAGCAAUCGUAAAUCGAACACAUUUUGGACAUGGAUUAAGAGUAAAUUAGGUCUGCACAAGGAAGUCGUUGUGGACUCUGAGACUUCUGAUACAGAAGUACUUACAUUUCCUUGGCAUUUGUUGCAAGCAUCAGAUAGUCAAGUAUAUAUUAUUAGCCGCAGAUUUGAGACAUUGUGGAUUCUUGAUUCGUCUUCAUGGGAGUUGAAAGAAACUAUUACAGGGUUUCAGCAAGUUGUUGCGGUUUGUCAAGAGUUGAUUGUAGAAAAAAUGUCCCUUUUGAAGCAGCUGCCUCGUGAUCAAUUACAUCAACGAACUUCCGCCAGUUUUUCACUGGAAGAUCAGCGACACCUGAGUCUUGUGUCAUCGGUGGCUACAUUAGGAGAUUACAUAAUAGCCUGUGAUCCGGUGGGUUGCAAGGUUUCAAGACUUUGUCGGGAAUCUGGAGCAAUUUUGGAUAUAGAGUUCUCAAACUUUGGGAUUCUUGGGUUGCCUUAUUGGAUGAGCUUCCCUCUCGAGAGAGUCUAUCCUAUUGUUAACCAGAUUCACAGCGCUCACAUUGAUCAUAAUCAACAUUUUAGUCUGUUGCCAGGUCGUGUCGAGAUAAAAUUGAAUGUUGGCUUGCCUGCUGAUACUGAGCUGGUAGAGCCAUUGAAAGAUAGCAGUAUAUGGCGCCAGGCAAGGGGGGCUGCUACGGAAGUCUUGGGAUCCCAGGGUGUCGUCGGGUCCUCAGAAAAGGUAGGUGUGGCCCAGCAGUGGUAUGAUGAGUUAGACAACCUUGCCUUUACGACAACCGAGAUGGAGUCAGAUGUUCAACAUGAUAAUAAUGCAAUAAAUACUCAAGAUGAUAAAGUGCACAUCGACUGUGUUGUACAUACAAGUCCUGGGACGAGCGAGGUUAUCAUCUAUGCGGCUCUGUAUUUGAAGCUGAAAGCAAACCCCAGCCCUGAAGAAGGCAAUUGGGAGAAACAAGUCGCUCGAUUAGCUGAACUUCUGGUUCCUUCGAAAAGGGGGAAGAUUAGAAGUUCUUGCCGCCAGAUCUUGUUGAGCUUGAGAUCCGAUUUACAGAACCUCAUCUUUGUCAAGCCAGUGCAAGUCAGAAUACGAAUAAAUUCCAAAGACCAUCCUAAGGCUGAUAACUCGAAGGAUAUUAUUUUAAGUGAAUCCUCGAUCCAAGUCGAUGUUUCGUUAUGAGCUUAGGUUUGGGGACUCAUAUAGGUUAUUUUUUUGCAUCAAUUGUUCAAAAUUCUUUUCGGACUUCGUGUAAUUGGAUGUUGUAGUGAUAUGUACUGUUAUUUGGUAUUUCUAGGUAAAUUUGAAUUGUACAUGAACAUAGAACGUGCAUAUUGGAUUGAGGAUCGAUACAUAUGCGGUUGAAUCUUGUUUCGGUCA